AUGGGCUCGGCCCGCGCCAGCCGUGCGGGUUCUCCACCAGAGACGAAGGCCACGACUCGAGCUCAGUUCUUCUCCUACCUUCGUUCCUCCCCAAAUUCCCAUGGCCGCAGCCUAGCUAGGUUCCGUCGCCGCCGCCGCCGCCGCUGCGGCGCUGCCCUGCAUCCGAACUUCCGCCGCCCUGCGCUGCUACCUACGUCGUCAACUUUCAGCACCGCCCAGGCCCAGCGCCAUCCUCCCUCAGCCGACUUGGGGCUAGGGUUCCACAGCCACCGCCGGCCGCCGCCCUACACGGUGACCGCCGUCGCUGCCGCACUUCUCCUACUUCGUACCCGGUGCCCUACCCUUCUCCUACCACACCAAGACAGGCUUGUUAACAUGUCUACACAUGUGUCUGAGAGCUCUGGCACUGGUGGUUCUUCUGCAACACCACAUGGUAGGAGGUCAAAAGUGUGGGAGCACUUUGAGCAAGAUCUUGUCAUUGUUGGUGAUGUUCCUAAAGCUGUCUGCAAGUACUGUGCAAUGAAGCUUACUUGCACUAGAAGGUCUGGAACUAGUAGCCUCUUGAGUCACAUUUCCGAGUCGUGCAGAUUGGUUGAAGCUGAUGUUAGAGCGGGGUUUCUAGCAACCCUUAAGAAGAAAUCAUCAGAUGUUGGAUUUGUUUUUGAUGCUAAGAAAAGUCGGCAACUCAUGACCAAGUAUUGCAUCCAUGCUGAGAUUGCAUUCAAGAAAUUCGAUGACCCUUACUUUGAGGAGUGGAUGGACUCAAUGCAACCAACAUUCAAAGUUGUUGGUCGUCAUACAGUUCGCAAUGAUUGCAUCCUUACACAUGAUGAGAUGAAGGAACAGCUGAAAGUCGAACUUCAGAGUCUUGAUUCCCGUAUUUGCCUAACGUCAGACAUGUGGACAUCUGUUCAAAAGUUGGGCUAUAUGUGUGUCACAGCGCACUAUAUUGAUGCCAACUUUGUCUUGAAGAAAAAGAUCAUAUCCUUCAAAGACGUGAAGUAUCCACACACAAAAGAAGCCAUUGAGGAGGCUCUUAGCCGUUGCUUGACAGAAUGGGGUAUUAAGCGCAAACUAUUCACUAUAACAUUGGACAAUGCAGCUAAUAACACUGGGGCAGUUAAGAACUUCUUGGAAACUCAGGACCAUGGCCUGAUGCUUGAAGGCGUAGAUUUCCAUGUCAGAUGUUGUGCCCACAUACUAAACCUCAUAGUUCAAGAUGGAACAAAGCAUAUCCACGGUUCAGUUGAGAAUAUACGUGACCUGUUUAGGCACGUCAAUUCCUCAGGCGGGAGAAUCCAAGCAUUCAAUGCACUUGCCGUGAAUAAGGGUCUACCGGAGAAGGCUGGUCUUGCCCUUGACAUUCCAAGCCGUUGGAAUUCAACUUUCCACAUGCUCGUUCAAGCUAUCAAAUACAAGGGAGUUCUAAACAGCUAUGCAAGUGAAAAUGGUGAAGUUGCACUCAACCCAAAAGAGUGGGCAGAUGUUGAAGUUAUAUGUGAUUUUCUUAAAGCUUUUGAAGAAGCUACAAAUGCAGUAUCUGCUGAUAGAAAACCAACUGCGCAUCACUUCUUGCACAUGGUGUUGUGUAUCCGCAAUGCAUUAAAGGAUCCCCAAUGGAAAGUGAAUGCAGAUAUGAUGAAUUUGUCUAUCUCCAUGGGUACGAAAUUUGAUAAGUACUGGAAGGAGGUCAACUUAAGUAAUGCACUUGUAAUCGCCACAAUACUAGAUCCAAAGAAAAAGGAAGAGUACCUAAACUUCUUUUUUGAAAAGUAUUGUGAGCAGCCCUUUGACACCGAGGAGACCGUGAAUGUUAUAAGCAAAGCGGUCAGGUUGUACUAUGAUCUAUACGAACAGCAGAUCAAGCGAAGAAGCAACGAGCACUCGGUGUCGCGUGAAGCCAGGAUUAAUAUGGGCUCACCUGUUCUUGGUAAAAGGAAACUUGAAGAAGAGUUUGCUCAGUACAGGUCAAGGAGGAGAGCCAACACACAACCAAGGUCAGAGUUGGACGCAUACCUGGAUGAGGUUUUCAUUGAAAGCUCAGUUGGAACUACUGAUAUACUCACAUGGUGGAAAUCAAAUGCCGAAAAAUACCCGGUGCUCUCAGCUAUGGCUCGCGAUUUUCUUGCAGUGCCUCUUAGUACCGUGUCGUCUGAGUCAGCAUUUAGUUGCGGUGGAAGAAUUCUAGGAGAUACACGGGCCUCACUAAAACCACAUGCACUGGAAGCUUUAGUUUGCGGAAAGGACUGGCUUCUUAAAGUCCCGAGCAAUGAAGGUUCAAGCACGGGAGGUCCAAGCUCGGAGGUCCAAGUUCAGGAGUUCGAUGGUCAGAUUGUCUAAUCUAAAGGUACCAGUAUGAAGCAAUUGCACAUGAUAGGCUGGGAGCAUUGCCAUGACAUCGUCAACCAUCAUUGCUCUUGUUGUCGCCCGAGACACCAUGCUUGCACUGCGUUUAUCAGAUAUUGUGUGUGCACAUGUUUUGCAAUUUUGUGAAUACAAGUGUAUGGAGAUGCUCUAGGACAAUUUAGAUAUUUUUUCUUGUCCAAACAAUUAUGCUGGAUGAAGAAAUGCUAUCUGGUGAAGUAAUUCUGAACUUGUAAUAUAUAUAUUUUUAGAAAUUUUUAGUGAAUUUCCUUGGCAACAAAAGAAAUGCUACCACUCUCACUCUCAUAUAUCAGCCAGUACACGCUA